AUGAUUGUACCAGCGAGGACUGUGCGCUGUUUUCCAAACAAACCCUGGAUCACCUGUGACAUCAAGAGGCUCCUGAAUCAGAAAAAGACAGCAUACAGAGAGGGUGACAGGGAGAAGUGCAGGCUCGCACAUCGGGAGCUGAAGAGGAGCCUGAAGCAGGCCAAGGAGGAAUAUAAAAAGGUGGAAAGGAAGCUGCAGCACAACAACACCAGAGCUAACAAGACUGGGCGCCCGGCCGUGCUCAACGACUACAGACCGGUGGCCCUCACGUCACACAUCAUGAAGACACUGGAGCGGCUGUUUCUGCGCCACCUGAGACCUCUGACCGAACAUGCACUGGACCCCCUGCAGUUCGGGUACUGGGAGAGUGUAGGGGUGGAUGACGCCGUCCUCUACCUGCUCCACAGGGCCUACUCCUACCUGGACGAGCCGGGAAGUCAAUUAUUGAAGACAGAGGAGCAGAAGAAAGACUUGGCCCAGUUAGACAUCCUGGUGGAAACAGACUCCCAGAUCAUGGCCCGUCUGGUGGCCCAGUUCAACGCCCAGACUGUGGACAAUGCCCAGAACCUGGCCUCUAUGGGUGGUCUGAAGCUGGUGAUAGAGAGUCUGAACAGCACUGACCAUCGUAUGCAGGAGAACGCAGCCUUCGUACUGGGGUCUGCCCUAUCCAGUAACCCAGUUGUCCAGGUCGUGGCAGUAGACUCUGGAGCGUUACAGAAGCUGCUGACCAUGAUGGCCACUCCUCAUCCCAUGGCCGUGAAUGUGCUGUUCGCCUUAGCUGCUCUGCUCCGUCACUUCCCCUUUGCCCAGAACCACUUCUUGAAGCUGGGGGGUCUGCAUGUGUUGGGAGAGCUGUUCCAUGGCACGGGGGGCAAAGUUCUAGUCAGGGUGGUCACUAUGGUCUAUGACAUGAUCAUGGAGAAGGUCAGUACAGGUCAGAGGUCAAGGGUUAUCCCUAGAGUGGGGAAAGUCUCACCUUCAGUGCUCAUCACUCACUCACUGCCCACCAGGAGCGCUUGCAUCAGUACUGUUACGUUCCCCAGUCUUGUGUUUGUCUGUGUGUGUUUCCCUUUUAGGAUCCCCCUCUGAUUGGUGCUCUGGCUCCUCCCCCCCUCCUCUGACUGCAGCUGGGUUCAUCCUCCACCUCUGCCUAUAUAAGCUUUCACAUGUCUCUCUGCU